CCCUUACCGACUGCAACAGCAGAGCUGGAAGCUGCAACUAAAAAGCACCAGGAGCUAAACGAGGAGAUAUCUGCCAACUACACGCAGGUCAGUGAAAGUGGAAAAGCCUUAAUGGACGUCCUCCAGCGAAACKCCAGCAGUGAGUCUGAGGAGUCGGCAGCCAAGCCGGACUUCACCCCGGCCACGCACAGCAUCAUGGGAGUUCUGCACCAGGUGAUGCAGGGUCACCAUGAGGUGGAAGGAGCCUGGCAGCACAGGAAGCUCCGCCUCCACCAGCGCCUGCAGCUCUGCGUGUUCCAGCAAGACGUUAAACAGGUGUUGGACUGGGUGGAGCAGCACGGAGAGGUUUUCCUCAACAAACACACUGGKGUGGGGAAGUCUCUGCACCGGGCGCGGGCGCUGCAGAAACGGCACGACGACUUCCAGCAAGUCGCUCAGAACACCUACACCAACGCAGAGAAGCUUCUGGAGGCGGCCGACCAGCUGGCCCAGGCAGGAGAGUGUGAGGAGGAGGAGAUCUACCAGGCGGCGAGAGACCUGGAGUUGCGAAUGCAGGCCUUCAUCCAGCGUGUGGAGCAGAGGAAGCUGCUGCUGGACCUCGCCGUGUCCUUCUACACUCACACUAAGGAGCUGUCGGUGUGGAUGGAGGGCCUCCAGAAGCAGCUGACCUCUGACCUCUUGGUGUGUCCAGACACAGUGGAGGCACUGCAGGCCCUGAUCAGCCAGCAGCAGCAGCAGCAAGCCAACACACAGGAAGCUGCGAUGAGUGUCAUCCGGGAAGGAGAAGAUCUCAUCCUGCAACUCAGGCCCCAGGGCAGCUCGGUGGCCCAUGUGGAGUCGGUGUUGCAGCAGUUGGAGGAGUCCCACGCUCAACUGGAGGAACUUUUCCACCAGAAGAAGAUCAGACUGGACAUUUUCCUGCAGUUCCGCAUUCUGCAGCAGUGCACCCUGGAGGUAACUGGGGAAAUGGAUGCCUGGAAACAGGACCUCCAAAAGCAGUCCCAGGACUUUUCCUCUGAGAAGCUAACGUCUCCACGGUUAGCUGAUGCUAACUCUGAGCAGCUAGCCCAGGACAAGCUAGCCCUAGGCCAGUCUCGCCUGGCAGAGGCCACACCUGAGGCGUUGACCUUGGCUCAACAGCGUAUCCACAGGCACAUGGAGCGAAGGCUGGCGAUGAACAAUAUGAUCUAUGAGGUGAUCCAGCAAGGUCAUGACCUUCAACAGUACAUCACAGAGGUCCAAGCAUCAGGUAUGGAGCUGUCGGAGGCAGAGGGAGGCCUGAUGGCGCAGGUGGAGGAGCUGCAGCGCCUCCUGCAGGACAAACAAAAGGAACUGCAGCAGAUCGCAGACCACACACACACAUACCUGGAGCAGAACCUGCAGCUCAGACACCUGCAGAGCCAGGUCAAACAGGUGCUGGGCUGGAUCUCUGAGGGGGAGAUGAAGCUGUCCUCCUGCAUGCUGAACUCCAGCUGUCUGUCUGAAGCCGAACAGCUGCAGCGGGAGCAUGAGCGCCUCCAACAGACCAUCGAGGCUCUDCUGCAUGCAGACUCCCUGCAGAGAACCCACCAGGUGGCGCUGGCUCUGCAGCAGCGAGCUGAGCUGCUCGUCAGGUCAGGCCAUUACGACCCGGAUGCAGUGAGGGCCUGCGCCCAGACGGUGGCGCUGCACUGGCAGACGCUGAUGCUGAGGAUCGAAGACAGACUGAAGCUGGUCAACGCAUCCGCCGCUUUCUACCGGACAUCCCAGCAGGUGUGUGGCGUCCUGGAGAGUCUGGAGCAGGAGUACCGCAGGGAGGAGGACUGGUGCGCAGGAGGAGAGCGGCAGCCGGAGCAGCUGCUGCCGCUCAUCAGCAAACACAUGGAGCAGAAGGAGGCCUUCCUGAAGGCGUGUACGCUGGCCAGACGCAACGCUGAGGUCUUCCUCAAGUACAUCCAUCGAAACAGCGUCACCAUGGCCAACAUCUCCGGCCACAAUGUCACCGUCUCUGCGGUGACAGGGGUCACCGAGGUCACUGGGCACUCCAGAGUGCCGGAGCAGCAAGUCAAAGGAAUCCUCAGCGAGUUGCUCCAGAGAGAAAACAGAGUUCUUCAUUUCUGGACGCUGAAGAAACGCAGACUGGACCAGUGCCAGCAGUACUUGAUGUUCCAGAACCACGGCCAGCAGGCUCUUGAAUGGCUGCAGCAGUCAGGUGACCAUUACCUGGCCACGCACACGUCGCCGGGGGCAACAGCGGCCGAAACGCAGGAGCUGCUGAACCAGCACCGAGAGUUCUGCAUUUCGGCAAAGCACACCCAGGAGAAGGUUCACCUGCUGAUCCAGCUGGCUGAGAGCAUGCUGGCUAAAGGCCACGCCCACCGCGCCGAGCUGCGCCGCUGCGUUUCGGCGGUGGACAAGCGUUACCGCGACUUCACGGUCAGGAUGGGUCAGUACCGCCACCUGCUGGAGGCCGCGCUGGGCAGCAGCUCUCAGGACAACAAGGACCUGGAGCUGGAGCUCAUCCCCAACAGCCUGUCGGACUCGGACCCUGAGGUCAACCUGUCCGACCCGAGUCACCAGGUCAGCGACGAGAAGAGGCGCUCCGCCCGCAAGAAGGAGUACAUCAUGGCCGAGCUCCUGCAGACUGAGAGAGUUUACGUCAGAGACCUGCAGGAGUGCAUCGAGACGUACCUGUGGGAGAUGACCAGCGGCUCGGAGGAAAUCCCACCUGGACUCGCCAACAAGGACGACGUCGUGUUCGGAAACAUCCAGGACAUCUACGAGUUCCACAACAGUAUUUUCCUGAAGGAACUGGAGAACUAUGAACAGCUCCCAGAAGACGUGGGACACUGCUUUGUUACCUGGGCUGAUAAGUUCCACAUGUACGUGACGUACUGCAGGAACAAACCAGACUCCAGUUUACUGAUCCAGCAGCAUGGAGUCGGAUUCUUCGAGGAGGUCCAGAGGAGACACGGCCUGGCCAACUCCAUCUCCUCGGCUCUGAUCAAACCAGUGCAGCGGAUCACCAAGUACCAGCUGCUGCUGAAGGAGUUGCUGGCCUGCUGUGAGGAGGGCAAAGGGGAGAUUAAAGAAGGCCUGGACGUGAUGCUGAGUGUCCCAAAGAGAGCCAACGAUGCCAUGCAUGUCAGCAUGCUGGAAGGUCUGGAGGAGGGCCUGGAGGUGCAGGGCGAGCUCCUCCUGCAGGACUCCUUCCUGGUCUGGGAGCCCAAGUCUCUGAUCCGGAAGGGCCGGGACCGGCACCUGUUCCUGUUCGAGUUGUCGCUCAUCUUCAGCAAGGAGAUCAAGGAUUCCUCUGGACGCACCAAGUAUCUGUACAAGAGCAGGCUGAGGACCUCAGAGCUCGGCGUCACUGAGCACAUCGAGGGGGAUCCAUGUAAGUUYGCCCUGUGGGUCGGACGAACGCCGACGUCCGACAACAAGACCGUCCUGAAGGCGUCUUCCUUGGAGCUGAAGCAGGAGUGGGUUCGCAGCAUCCGACAAGUGAUCCAGGAGAGGCGGGGCCACCUGCGGGGGGCGCUGCGGGAGCCCAUCCCCCUGCCCAAAACGCCCAACCCGACCCUGGGCCGGCAGCGCAGCAUCACCCGCAGGGAAACGAGCGAAGACGCGGACAGCCUAGGCGAUGCCAGCAGCCAGCCCGACACCGUCUCCAUCGCGUCCCGGACGUCGCAGAACACGGCUGACAGCGACAAGCUGUCUGGAGGCUGCGAGUUAGUGGUGGUUCUGCUGGACUUCACCAGCGGCGGUCCCGGGGAGCUGAGCGUCCGCUGCGGUCAGACGGUGGAGCUGGUGGAGCGCUCUGCGGACCGGCCAGGCUGGUGCCUGGCCAGAACCACGGACCAGAACCCUCAGCAGGAGGGGCUGCUGCCCAUGAGCGCCCUCUGCCUGUCACACUCCCACAGUGCAGCCGACAUGGAGGGGCUCGUCACRGCCUCCACCACCGCUUCCACCCCCGCCACCACCACCUCUUCUGUCUGCAACUCCUCCUCAUCCUCCACCACCAACACCACCACCUCCACCUCCUCCUCUGCUGGGAGCACUGGGAAGGAGUCCAGUCUGUACAUCUCGGACAGUUCAGGUCUUCAGACUCAAACCAGCAGCCAAAGCGUCACUUCCCCGACUGUGUUUGGUGUCAGUGGGCCACCAGGGGGCACUGUGGGRUCUCCAGGUCCGAAACGCACCAGUUCUGGAACUGGAAACACUCUAAAGCGUUGGCUGACGAGUCCCGUCCGAAGACUGAGUCAAGGAAAAGCCGACGGUCAGAAAAAGCCCACAAUCAGAACCAGAAGGCGGGACAACAAGUCCGAUGUGGUCACGCCCUUCCCUGGGAACUCGCAGGCGGCGAAGAAGGAGGAGGCAGGGCAAAGUGGAGGAGAGGAGGAGCCUGAAGAGGAAAGCCACACCCCUCUGCCACCGCCCAUGCAAAUUAUCAAAGACCCCAACAACCCGGAGGCUUUGGACUCGGAUCAGGGAUCCAAUGAGUCKGACACAGAACAGCGAAAUAAAGCACUGAGGGGACGAAUGUUUGUUGUGAACGAGAUGAUCCAAUCAGAGAAGGACUACGUGAAGGACCUGGGAGUGAUCGUCGAGGGCUUCAUGUCCAGGCUGGAGGUCCGAGGGAUUCCUGAAGACAUGAGAGGCAAAGACAAGAUCGUCUUCGGAAACAUCCAGCAGAUCUACGACUGGCACCGCGACUUCUUCCUGGUGGAGUUGGAGCGCUGCGUCCAGAACCAUGACCUACUGGCCGACCUCUUCAUCAGACAUGAGCGCCGACUGCACAUGUACAUAGUUUACUGUCAGAACAAGCCAAGGUCAGAGUUCAUCGUAAUAGAGUACGAGACUUUCUUUGAGGAGAUCCAGCAUGAAAUCAGCUGCAGGAUGUCCAUCAGUGAUUAUCUGAUCAAACCCAUCCAGAGAAUCACAAAGUACCAGCUUCUGCUAAAGGAUUUCCUGAAGUACACAACCAAAGCCGGUCUGGACUGUGAGGAGGUGCAGAAAGCAGUGGAGUUAAUGUCGCUGGUUCCUAAACGCUGCAACGACAUGAUGAACCUGGGACGCCUGCAGGGAUACGAGGGGAAGCUAACAUCUCAGGGGAAGCUGCUGCAGCAGGAAACCUUCUGUGUUUGGGAGCAGGACGGCGGCGUUUUGUCCCGCAGCAAAGAGCGACGAGUCUUCCUGUUCGAGCAGAUCGUCAUCUUCAGCGAACCGCUGCGAAAAGGCUCCAACAACCCCGGGUACCAGUUCAAAAACAGCAUCAAGGUGACCUAUCUGGCCAUGCAGGAGAGCGUGGACGGAGACCCCUGUAAGUUCGUCUUGUGGUCCCGUGGUUCUGCGGAGCGCUUCACGCUGCAGGCCUCCUCUGCCAGCAUCAAGAUGACCUGGGUGGAGACCAUCGCCACCCUGCUGGACGCCCAGAACAACUUCUUGUCAGCUCUCCAGUCUCCCAUCGAGUACCAGAGAAAAGAGGCCGGGAUCUCCAUGACCCGGCCGCUGUCGUCAGGGCGACCGCCGUCGACCCCGCCCACCCCCAACGGCCACGCCGCUCAGCCUACUCCAGACAGCGAGCAAGACGACCAGGAGCUGGUUCUGGUGCUGCAGGACUUCCUGGCGGUUCGGGAAGACGAGAUCACCGUGUACCGAGGAGAGAAGGUCCAGAUCCUGUCGUCCAAUCAGCAGGGUCAGAGCCUGGUGUACCGGCCUGCCAACAUCGAAUCACCCGCUGCUGAGGGAUGGGUGCCACGUAGCGUGCUCAACACAAACUGACACACACACACACACACACUGACUGAGGUCAGAGUCUGGUUUACGCUUUACACACACACCUGCCCCCUGCAGGCCAACAGGGUGAACAGCACCGAGGGAAACAGAGAAACUGAAGGAGGAUGAUGAUGAUCAGCUGCUGAUCAAACUCUGAUUGGAUCAGGACAAAAAUCAAUAUCAGAAAUCAAUUGAGUUAUCAGCCGAGUUACGUUCACAUGUGCCUUAGUUACGAUUUUAUUCGGAUUAAUGUAAUGUUGAAGGAUUUAUUUCUGCUUUUUCUUCCUUUUGGAUGUUAGACUUUCUUUACUGAACUUUCUUUCACUGAUAUCGAUAUUAAAUUCCAACCAAUAAUUUACCAAAUUAAAAUAAAUUACCUCUGCGAUGUUUUACUUAGAGGAAAAAUCAGUUUCAUUAACUCAUYUAAUCUUUAUUCAGUUUUGGAUCUUCUGGAUUAAACCAAUUUAAACUAAUAAUCYGGUUCUUAAGCCUCUAAUUGGACUUUAUCACCAUAAAUGAAAGGAAAAAGGAGUUAAUUUGCAUAAUUAAGUCUUAAUAUCUUUAAUGGUGCAGAGUUGAUGUCAUCAUCCUUCAGGCUCCUGGUGACAGUUUCCACACACACACACACGCGCACACACUCCCAGCAGCGGCUAAUGCUGGCCUCUCUCCUGGUGCUUCAUCUCGUCCAAUCAGACGCUGCAGCCAGCCUGGCAGCAGCCAAUCACACUCCCUCAAACUGUUUCCUGUGGGUCAGMGGAAGGAAGGCCUCAUCCGGCUGGGCGGUGCUACAGGAAGCUGCCGUUGCCUGGCAACCAGUGACAGUAUUUAAAAAAAAAUAAAAGCCUCCAGAAGAAGGAGGCGUGAAGACUCGUCAGCCAAUCAGAACUGAGCUGUCUGCGUGUCGUCAUGUUUAUAGUGUGUAUAAAGACUGAGGACACACACACACACCCUCCUACGAUGAAGAUUAACGACGUGAUAAUUAUGAGACUUAGAUUCUGAUUUUCACCUCCGUCCAGAGGAAACGAGAGAAACUGUCAUUAAUAUCAGUGUGUAUGAGAGUGUGUGUGCUUGUGACACUGUCCUCUGUGAGUGUGUGAGAAAGAGAGAGGGGGWGAGAGAGUGUGUGUGUUUUUCCACGGAAAGUCGCGGUGUCCCGCUGUAGCGUAGCCAUGAUGACUCGUGUUUACGGUGACGCCAUUUUUACUUCGAUUACUUUUGAGUUUGGAGGGUUUUUUUUUUUUUUGUUGGUUUUUUUAGUGGACUGCCUGCAGCGACGGUUGCCUCGGCAACGGCCCGUUUGGAUAUUCUGAUUAUGCAUCGCUCGUUUCUGUAAAUAGACCAGAAGUCCAGAAAAGCAACUCCACACGCUGUGGACGUCAUCCGUCUCUCAUCCGUAGCAGCCCUCCACACACACAUGCCUGUCUGUCCCCGUCCCCCUGUCUGUCCCUGUCCCCAUCUCUGGGUUUCUCUGGUGCCAUUCUCAGACAACACCCCGGUCCUUAAGGAGCUCUGCAGGUCGCUCGGCAUAAAACAAAGCGCACAGUCCUGGUUUAAGGUGGAAUASCCCGUUGUGAAGGGUUUAAGGUGGAAUGCUUGGUUGUUUCCAGUCUAUUUUAAUCCAGUUCCUGUCCCUCGUCUCAUUGGUUCCUCUGCAGCUGCAGGUUAUUCUCCCCCAAAACUUACAGGAUACUUAACAAAGCUAAUACAUUAUCUUUCAAUUAAAYGUUAAUUGCAGACAAAACAAGCAACAUCUGCCAUUUUUGCUGCUAAAUUAUCAACUAAAAAUGACUUAUUGACUUA